GGACGCAUCACGAAAUUGAGCCCUUGUGUGUAUUGGAUUUUUAUGUACAUGAGAGUCGACAACGUUCCGGACACGGGAAACAACUUUUCGAAUUCAUGUUAGAAAACGAACACAUUGAACCAAGCAAAUUGGCUUAUGAUACACCCUCAGAAAAGUUUCGGUCAUUCUUGAAGAAGCAUUACAAAUUGGAGAAAUAUAUUCCGCAACCAAAUAAAUUUGUCGUUUUUGAAGAAUACGGUUUACAAGUUGCUCCAGACCCUGUAAACUUGAUUGCACGUGGAUCACGAGAUGGAUUUUGCACACCACGAAAUUUAGAUAAAAUCUUAUCUAGUAGCACUCCUAAUUCUUGGUCGAGGAGACAUUCUACCACUGGUAGUCUGCAAAUAGAAAAGACGGAACGGCUAACUGAAAUUCGUCACCGACACGCUCGUUCAUUGACACCAAGUCAUCAUCUUUAUAUUUCUUCUCCGCAAGCUGUUAAUUCAAACCUUCAAACCCCUCUACAAACGGUCUCAUCUAUUGCUCAUGCUGCACCCCCACAAGAAGCAUAUGCUGAAAGAAAGCGUGAGAUUGUUAACCAUCACGAGUACAGCAAAAAAUCUCUCUAUGGUCGCAAUCCCCUUUCUUGGGAACAUUAA